UGCCAUGUCGUUCCCAUCCCUGUCCUUCCCUGAUGCCGAAGUGGGAGUUCGAAAGAUGCGAUGGGGGUGGGGUGCAGUGUAGUGAGGUGGGUGCUGCUGCACUGGCGUGCUGAUGCUGGUGCUGCUUGCUGUCAUCUCCAGCUGCCUACGGCUCGCAAGCUUUUCGCAAAUUUCCAGAUUGUCUGUGGUGGUGUCGGUUUUCGGUCCUCAUCCACUCUUGGCCCCUUCAUGACCUUGAGACCUUAUGGUGGGACUUUCUCCUCUGGAAGUGUCGUACCCCCUUCAGGAUUACAUCACCUCACAGUUUCUACUGCCUCCGCGUGGAAUGAAGUGAUGGGAUCCAUGCUCCUGUUUACUCCAAUCUGCGGUGCCCCUACUGCUGCUGCUUCUGCUCCUUCUCCUCCUGCUCCUCCUUUGUGGAACUUUGAACAUUUGACUGGACACAGUACAGGGUAGCAUCUUCCAAGUUAUCGUUUCCUCACACUUUGGGCACGCUAAUGUCUUCAAAGCUCCAGUGUCGAAUUGUUCAACUGAUCGUGUGCCGGUUUCAGAGCUGGUGUGGUAGUUUUGCUGGUGCUUUGAUCUCGCUUAAAGUUUCAUUUCGUUCGAUCCAUUUGUUUCCUUCUUGAAUGUCAACAAAGUUCGCUCUGGUGCAAUUCUGUUUCGCGGCCUCCUCAAGAAAGCCAUGUGUCAACAAGAUAUUUCACUUCUUCCUCAGCAGUCGGUAGAGAGGACAUAGACGGACGAUUUUCCAGCUGCCACCCCUCCUAGAUAAGCAUCUAUUUUUUGAUGAGGUAUGCGGUAAGGAAAUGGCAUCGAUGCUUUGUCAGAGUUCAAAGAGUUGGGCGUCCUGAAACUGAGGGGUUUCUGUGUAAAUUUGUGAAGCUCGGCGUUCUUGGUGCCAUGUCUUGUUUCAACCACUAACUGUGACGCAGGUUUGGUUAGGAAGCUGAUAGUAACGAUAAUCGAGCCACGCAUUGCAUGUAAGCUAUGGCAGCGGGACCUGGGCUCAAAUAAAUCACAAGGCCACGGGUUGAUUCUUCCGCUUUUAUCCCCGGGAUAAUGUUGAAGGUUGUGCAGGCAGGAACGUUUCAUUGCUUCGAGUCAUUAGGAUAAAGGACUUUGACGAGCUAAAGCAAGUAGUCAAGCAGCUCACCUCAUGGUUAUGGAUGCUCUCAAUGACGAAAUGCUACGAUGUGUUCUCGAGAAACUGGAUGUUUCUUACGCCGUCCGAGCACUAUCCGUGUGCAAACGCUGGAAGGAAACUAUUGAAAUUCUCAUCAAUACUUGCCACUUCCACGAUCGUACUACUGCUACAAUACAUUGUCCGCUCAUUUUCAUUCGAGAUUCCACUCAACACUGGUGGUACGGUUAUGACAGCACAACUUGCAAAUGGGUGCCACUGCCCCCACUUCGAGUGCAAAUGCAAGUCAGCCUUUGUCCUCUAGCCGGGAACGGAAAAAGUCUCCUCGGAUUCAAAAUCUCCUCGGACAUGUCACAGGUAGUGGUUGGGAAUCCAUAUACUGGUAAGUGGGAAAGAAUUCCAAGAUCCACGGAUACCUGGGGUGAAGCAGUGAACGUCCUCCUUGUGGACAACGAAGACUCCACCAAAUUCCGAAUCAUAGCAAUUCGAGAGGAGGAAACUGAGGUUUACAAUUCCAACUUGGGUGGUUGGACGCUGUUGAAGCAAAGCCCUCCACUUGGGUCACAAGAGAGUAUGUUCCAGUUCAUGACGAACAGGCUCUGCCCUACACUUUGCGAGGGCUUUCUAUAUUGCUAUUGCACCAAUUUCUUGAUUUCGUUUGACGUUCAAAAGGAACGAUGGACAAACGAGCGUAUCCCUCUCUCCAAACCGAAGAGCACCAAGUUCUUUGUGCUGUUCCAAUGCGAGGGCAGACUCUUUGCUGCCAUUGAGUCGAGCAGCUCCAUAACUGUCUUAGUCCUUGGACACAAAAGUCGACAAUUCUCAGAGUUGGUGGUCAUGCCUGGCAAUCAGUACUCAUUCUUGAGCCAGAAAUCGAAGGGCGGAAAGCUUUCCCAACUUAAAGCCGUCGGACACAAGCACCGGAUCUUUUUCUGGCGGAGUAAGCGCCUACAAAUCAUCGCAUUCGACCUUCUGAGGAAGAUGUGGGAGGUACUGCCACAAUUUGAGAACCAUUGUGACUUGGAAGACGAAGAGCAGGAUCUGGAGAUGGUAGUCGAUUCAAGCUCAUUCGAGCUUAGGCACGAUUCCAUAAUCUGAGUUGGCCUGCAUAAGUCGAAAUUGUUUCAUAUUGUAAAAACUAUGUGGCAAAGUAUGGCAGGUUCUGUUUGUGCUCGACGAUGGCCCCCUCUCGAGACUCACUCACGGAUUCACGGCAUCCACCAACACCAAUGUCAUCGGUUGUCACAUCCUGCUCUCUAGUGAUUCACACUGUGUUCUCGGAAUCAUCUAUCUGCUCAUCAAAAUCAGGUCCUGACGCACCUCCCUUUACUGCAGUUGGACGCACCGAAUUCAGUUUCCUUUUCCUUGUUUUUUCUCAUUUUUAUACAUAUAAAGCAAGUUGAAAAAUGUAUUUGGAUGCAUCCAGAAAGUUUGUAUCCAUCCAUGCCAAAGCUGUAAGACUUCAAAACCCUAAACCCCUGGCGCAUCUCAAAGAAGUGGACAUGCACAUACACACUCACACACACAGACUUUUGCACCUGGUCCAUUGCCGUUGUAGUGAGGCAUUAUAAUGUUUUUCCCUCUCAGCCUCUCUCGGUGUUCCAAUAUUUUAUAAGUUUUUGGUAACUGUGUAAUGAAGCUGAUGAUUACGAUUUAUUAUCAAUUACAAGUUGAUUGAUUUAAAUUACCUGCUGUACCUAAAUAAAUUUGUAUUUCAUUCGUCA